GAGGUGAGCCCUGAAGAAAGCAGGAGCGGUGCUGAGAGUGGGCGCAGUGAGCCAGCGGACUCAGUGCCUGGAAGCCUCACCAUCACUGUAGAUGAAGAAAACGAGGGGCCCCAAACCUGCCGUGUCUGUGGGGACAAGGCUACAGGAUAUCACUUCAACGUCAUGACGUGUGAGGGAUGCAAGGGCUUCUUCAGGAGGGCCAUGAAACGCAAUGUGCGGCUGCGGUGCUGCUUCCGGAAGGGCACCUGUGAGAUCACACGCAAGACGCGGAGGCAAUGCCAGGCCUGCCGCCUGCGCAAGUGCCUGGAGAGCGGCAUGAAGAAGGAGAUGAUCAUGUCUGAUGCGGCCGUGGAGCAGAGACGGGCCUUGAUCAAGAGGAAGAAGAGAGAAAGAGUUCAGACUCAGCCGCCAUCGGCUGCAAAGAGUCUGACCGAAGAACAGCAGAGGAUGAUUGAUGAGCUGAUGGAAGCACAGAUGAAAACUUUCGAUACCACCUUUACCCAUUUCAAGAAUUACCGGCUGCCGGAGGUGUUUAGCGAUGGCAGUGAGGUUUCAGAGUCUCUGAAGGCACUAACAGGAGAAGCGGCGGCCAAAUGGCACCACAUCAGGAAAGAUAUCUGCCCAGUGGCAGUCUCUCUGCACUUCCGGGGGAAGGAUGGCAGCAUCUGGAACUACAAGCCCUCAAUUGACAACGGAACGGAGGUCUUUUCCCUGAUGCCCCACUUUGCUGACAUGUCAACCUACAUGUUCAGAGGCAUCAUCAACUUUGCCAAAGUCCUUCCCUACUUCAGGGACUUGCCCAUUGAGGAUCAGAUCUCCCUGCUGAAGGGGGCCACCUUUGAGCUGUGCCAGCUGAGAUUCAACACAGUGUUUAACGCAGAGACCGGGACCUGGGAGUGUGGCCAGUUGUCCUACUGCCUGGAGAACACGUCAGGUGACUUUCAGAAGCUUCUCCUGGAGCCUGUGCUGAAAUUCCACUACAUGCUGAAGAAACUGCAGCUGCACAAGGAGGAGUACGUGCUGAUGCAGGCCAUCUCCCUCUUCUCCCCAGACCGCCCAGGGGUGGUACAGCGCAGAGUGGUGGACCAGCUGCAGGAACGCUUUGCCAUCACCUUGAAGGCCUACAUUGAGUGCAAGCGGCCCCAGCCCGCCCAUAGGUUCCUGUUCCUGAAGAUCAUGGCCAUGCUCACCGAGCUGCGGAGCAUCAACGCCCAGCACACGCAGCGGCUGCUGCGUAUUGAGGACAUCCACCCCUUUGCCACGCCCCUCAUAAUGAACGUGCCUCUGCCUUGUUUGUACCAUCCAAUUGGGAGUGAAAAUGCCCCUGAAUUGAAGUAA